AUGUUAUUUCAUUUUCCGUCUUCUCCACCGAAAACCGUGAUUUUACAGAGACCAGAUAACCUUAAAUUGUUGCGUGGUUAUGGCGGCAUCGACCUCGUUUCUUUUAUGAAAACGCUCUUCCUUUUGACACGACAUUCCUUCCAGUUAUACGGUCAUUCAAUCUCCUUGAUUAGACCUUCUAGAUCAAAGAUAAACCCAUUUAUGGGUAUAUUUAUUCCAAACCCGUCCAUUGUUGUCUCUAGAGAAAUUUCUCCAGAAUUUUUCAAACAAGGCAUUGUCGAUUCAUACGCCUGGUUCACCGCGAGUCUGUCGAUGUAUGUAACCGAAGUGGUGAUUCGAAAUGUUGUCAACAAGCAAUCUACAAGCUUACGGGGGGCAAUGGCAAAUGAAUCAAAACGGUCGGUGAUAUCCAAGAUGCCAACUCCCCGACAUCCCGCAAUGAGGUAUAAGAUCGUUGAUCCCGACGAUGGCCCGAGUGUGCGUGGUACACGGUAUAAAGUUACCGGACAUCAUAAUCUUUUAAGGAAUAUUUGUUCGUGGCAUUUUCUCCUUGAGAGAGUAAAAAGAAGUGGUACAACUAUGAGUAACGCAUUGUCUACUAAGCCUUCGUUGGUCUUACACCGUUAUGUUUCUAAUUUAACGCCUUUCCACAAAUUACUUCCAUCUCCCGGAAGUUUCCUUAUAAGGAUGUCACGGCCAAACAUUCGAGUGUGUUACGAUUUUGCAAUUUCUGAACAUACGAACAAUACAAUGUGCAAUAACUAG